UGCUAACCACAACAACAACAAUGUUACUCUCCUUUGAACUCCUGAUGUCCCCUCUCAUCUCAUUUCCCCUUCUGUUGCUUCUCUUGAUUCCGUUCAAAUGGCUACUUUCUUCGGCUGUUAAAGCCCCAAAAAACCUACCACCAUCACCACCAAAGCUUCCGAUCAUCGGAAACCUUCACCAACUAGGCUCCAUUCCCCAUCUCUCUUUGCGAACCUUAGCCGAAAAAUACGGACCAGUUAUGAUGCUUCACCUAGGGAGUGUACAAAUGCUGGUAGUCACAUCAGCUAAAGCCGCUCAAGAAAUCUUGAAAACCCAUGAUUUAGUUUUCUCAAAUCGGCCCAAAUUAGAAAUCCCAGACCAACUUAACUAUGGCUCUAAGGACAUAGGAUUUGCCCCCUAUGGGGAGUAUUGGAGGCAGAUCAAGAGCAUUUCCAUCAUCCACCUUCUAAGUAAAAAACAAGUCCAAUCAUUUCGGCAAGUACGAGAACGAGAAACAGCUCGUCUCAUCGACUUGAUUGGACAAAGUGGUGGCUCGGUAGUAAAUGUGACCAAUAUGCUUGUUAAGCUUACUAACAAUGUGAUUUGUGAGGUGGCCUUAGGAAGGACUUAUAAUGAUGGUUUUAAGUUCAAAGACAUGCUUGUCAAGUUUCAGACCCUCCUUGGUGCUGUAAGUGUAGGGACGUAUAUCCCAUGGCUAUCAUGGGUGGAUUCGUUGCGUGGUUUAAACAGGCAAACCAAGAAACUUGCUAAAGAGCUUAAUGAUUUUUAUGAUGCCAUUAUUGAAGAGCAUGUUGUUAAGAGGAAAAUGGGGGGUGCUGGAGAUAAUCAAGAGCCUGAUCUUGUUGAUAUCUUACUCGAUGUUCAAAAAGACAGUGCAACCACUGGUUUUACAUUUGGGAGAGAUACCAUUAAAGCCAUCAUAUCUGAUGUGUUUUCUGGUGGAACCGAUACAACAUCUUCAAGCAUCGAAUGGGCACUGAGCGAGUUAAUAAAAAACCCACCCGCCAUGAAAAGGUUGCAGCAAGAGUUGACAGAUGUAGCCAAAGGAAGAUCUAUGAUCACUGAAGAUGAUAUAGACAACAUGCCUUACUUGAAAGCUGUCCUAAAAGAGACUUUGCGAUUGCACACCCCACUACCAUUACUCGUUCCACAUGAAUCAAUGGAUGAUGUGAGCGUAUUCGGGUAUGAUCUCAAAAAAGGUACCCAAGUGAUGGUAAACUGUUGGGCAAUCGCACGAGAUCCUUCGAUAUGGGAAGAUGCUGACAUGUUUAAACCAGAGAGGUUCUUGAACAGUUGUGUUGAUUUUAAAGGGUUUCAUUAUGAACUGUUACCAUUUGGUUCUGGACGAAGAGGGUGUCCUGGCAUUCAGUUUGCUGUUUCGAUUAACGAACUUGUGUUGGCCAACUUAGUGUACAAGUAUGAAUUUGCAUUGCCGAAUGGCGUGAGAGGUGAAGAACUCGACAUGGCUGAGUUGGUUGGACUAGUUGUCCGUAAAAAAGAUCCUUUAAUGCUUGUUCCAACUGCUCGUUUUUAGUGGUUGCCGAUGGGUCUAAAUAAAUAAAUAAAUGAUUUCAUGGUAUAUGAAAUUGUUUAACUAUUAAAUAAGUAUGUUGUUUAGUCGUUAUGUUGCUUUGUGUAUUGUACUGAUUCUUAAUUUUGGGGAUGAGAAUACAUGAGCAAUGUUUGCGCUAA